UAUAUUUUUGUUCAGGACGUAAGCAUCUACCUUUCUGAAUAUUCUGCAUAAAUUAGAACAAAUGAGCGAUACUCCUGAGACACCUCGAAGGACCGUGAGAAGAAGGAAUAAGCCCCAAAAAUAUGGGGAUUUUUUGGAGUUAUCUCCACUGAAACGCCAAGUACAAGAAUACACUAGUUCGGAUGAUGACAACGAUUUUGAAGAUGUGCCCUCGCAAAAACCUACAGCUUUAUUCACCAAUGAUGAUGUGGAAGGGCAAGAUAUGUUCAAGUUUAAGUCGCGGCGCACAAAGCACGACUUACAGAAUAAAGUCAGAGAUCUCCAGAAUAAUUCCCCUAGAUUAGAGUCUCCUUUGAAGACUCCUCGGAAGAAUAUGCACUUGGACUCUAUUAAAAAAGUUACUGAGGCUACACCUAAAGUUGUUAAGGAUAUUAUAAAGAAGAGGAUUGUGAAAGAAGUAGACAGUGGAAGUGAUGAAGAUGAUUUCUCAGGCAGCAGUAGUGAUUUUGUACCUGACGAGAGUGAGAAUGAGGCUUCAUCCGCAUCAUCAUCAAGUGCUUCUGAAGAAGAGGAAAACGAUGCCCCGGUGGAAACCAAGCCAGCAAGCAAAGUCCAGGGACGGGGCAGGGGCAAGCUGCGGCCCAAAGAUUCAGAGUAUAUCGUCACUCCAGACAAUUACUUCCUGAUGAAUUCAAGCAAAAAGAUAGCAACAUCAGACCACACUCUGGCAAGAUUAAAGAAUUUAAAUCUAGACGACGACAUGGAAAAAGACAAUGACUACAUUUCUGAAGAACACAAAUCUAGAAUAACAGAACUCAAUCAGUCAUACGAACACCUCUUUGAUAAAUGGAUGUAUAUUUUAAGUGAAGACUUUAACAUAGUCCUUUAUGGGAUCGGGUCAAAGAGAUCAGUACUCCACCAGUUUCAAAAAGAAAAACUGUCGGACUAUCCAUGUAUAGUUGUUAACGGAUUCUUCCCAAGUCUUACGAUUAAAAGCAUUUUAGAAACAAUUGUAAUGGACCUUCUGAAAUGUAGCCAUGUUCCGUCAAACGUAGGGGAUGUAGUUAAAUUGAUUGAAACACGGUUAUCGGAUGAGGAUAUGGAGUUGUUUCUUAUAAUACAUAACAUAGACGGGGCAAUGCUGCGGAAUGCUAAGGCUCAAACUACACUGGCCAGCUUGUGUCAGAUCAAAAAUGUUCACACUAUAACAACUAUUGAUCAUAUCAAUGCACCACUAUUAUGGGACCACACCAAGCUAAGCAAGUUCCGUUUCACAUGGUGGGACGUGACCACUUUCCUCCCGUAUUCGGAAGAAACGUCCUAUGAAAACUCGCUGAUGACGCAUCGAAGCGGCGCGCUACAGCUCUCGUCGCUCAAGAGCGUGCACCAAUCACUCACCACCAAUGCCAAGGGCAUCUUCAACAUCAUCAUACAGUAUCAGCUGGAUAACCAUAAGCAGUCGCAUUAUCAAGGUUUGCCUUUCAGGGAGCUGUAUUCGAAAUCGCGCGAACAGUUCCUGGUGAGCUCGGACAUAGCCCUCCGAGCACAGCUCACGGAGUUCCUGGACCACAAACUCGUGAAAAUGAAGCGCACGUGCGACGGCAGCGAAAACUUGCUGAUACCUAUCGAUAAUUCCUUGCUUCAGCAGUUUUUGGAGCAGAACAGCUGACGAGAGAGUUUUU